GGUGAGUUGCGGCUAAACGAUUUUCUAUAUGACAACUUUGACUGCGGAUAGCAGUGGGUGUUGGGUGGCCAACAACGCAGGGUGGGGACGCCAGUCAGCCAGGACGACGCAAGAAGAGAUCCUCGGUGGGGUUGGGUGCCAUCUGCAAUCCUAUUUGGAUACGGUCGUGUUAAGAUGCAAGUGCGUGAUAUGAUGCGCAAUGUGUGGAGCGCGCAUUACGUGAACGGCAUGUUUUCCUUCCGUCAUUUGGACAGAGAAACGACUACAAACGAAAAGGAGGCGGUGACAUGCCGGUCACGCGAUGCACGCAUCUUCGACCCGCCACUUGACAAUCCUGUCGAGUUGACCCUCGCUGAAGGGAUGGUGUUUAGUGGUGAGAAACGCAUCACAUACGUCCACGUAAGGGGAAAAGAAGCCACAUUUGAUGGCAUCUGUAUGGACGUAUGGGACCAUGUGGCAAUGAGGAAGGAUGUGGUUGCAGCCAGUAACAUUGCGGCCCAUGUGAUUCAAGAAGGGCAGUUGUACCAGCAUGUGGGUCGUGACAUGUACGGGUACCAUGUGAAUUGGGUACCUGGUUCUUUGCAUCCAGCAGUUGUUGAUGGCAAAGUGACACUGGCAGCAAAAAUGCAAUCUGACGCCACACUCCUUGCGUAUCUUCCUGUGCUUCAACACCGGCCACGUGACAAGGGUUGGGGUCUGCAGUCCACCGCGUUUAGAAAACGAAAAGCUGUGAUAUUGCAUAAAGCGUUGUCAACAGUAUUGCGGUCCGCAAAGGAGGCAUCCCAUGACGGCAUGAUAGUUACAACGGAGCGGUUCGGCGAGAUAACAAUCCACCCUUUCGUCAUGAACUAUGUACAGGACUAUCCCGAAAGGUGUGCCCUUGCAACUGUGAAAUUCGGUGUUUGUCCAACAUGCACAGUGUCCAAAGACGAUUUCGAUGUCAUCGCCGAUUUCAGCAACUGUAGGAGGUCGCAGACGCUAGAGACGCAACUUGCUGCGAACUGCUUCAACAAUGGGGACAACGAUAUUCGCCGUGCCGCAGAGGCACGAAUGUCAGAAUUGAACAUGCAUAAGCAUGUUGAAGAGAACGGCCUUUGGGGAUUCUACAGGGGUCCGAAUGGUGACGAUCCUCAACUAGAUUACCAUCUCGCUUUGCAACCGGACCGUAUGCACACCAUUGAACACGACAUUUUCUUGCAUAUGAUAGAUGCAUUCAAGGCAACAGCUUAUAAGAAGUUGCCGGAUAUCGCGCAAACCGAGAUGAGCGAAUCUUACAAAAUGAACGAGAGGGUAGAUGGCAAGGGUUGUAUCAUGGGCUCAAAAGCGACGGAGAGUUCAGAAACAACAAGGAAUGACGAACAGUCAUGUGGACCAAGUGUCAACGAGCCGUUGCUCCCGUUGAGCAGUGAGAGAUCAGUGAAGCGAUGGAAGAGGAUACUGGAGGACCCGUGGUAUGCGGAAAUGUACCAGAUGAUGACCACAGAUGACUUCCAAUAUCCUCAGAUGGCGCAUGAACCUUUGUUCAGUAUUGCAGGGGGCAAUCGGUCAAGAGGUAUGGUUGUAGAGGCUGGAAAGAGGUCCGAGAGGGUGGACAAGGAACACUUGUUCCCGUUCACGUGGACAUCAAGAAGACACGUCAUAGCGAUAACGAAACGGGACGUAUUGCGAUUGGGUGCAAAGCAGUGGCUGAACGACAACGUGAUCGAUUUGUACUUACAGUUCGUCUAUGAAGAACAUUUCCCUGCACAGGACAACACGACAUUUCAUGUUUGCACAACUUUUUGGCAUCCCGCAGUGAUCGCCAAUCAGAAGGUUUAUGUUUCGAAAGCAGGAUGGCAGGAGCGGAUCAAAAGUAGACCUGCAAAGCUGCAUCGAUUAAGCAAUGAACUGCGAACGACAACUGUUGUUCUCAUCCCUGUGAAUCACAAAAAUCAUUGGAAAUUGCUCUUGCUACUGAAUGUCGGUCGGUUUUUGGCAGUCACGGAGGACAAUGAUGGCCAAUCGUCAUGGAUUCCUUUCAACAGAGCGGCCGACAGGAAUGAAAGGCAUUGCGCACAUUUUUGUGGUAUGAAUACCUCAACGAGGCAGACAAAGCAGGGGUGUUAACUACCGAGACCGUGGACACGUCGUGGGUGACAUGCAGAGAUCUACUUGGAUCUAACAUAGUAUAUGCGGAAUGUUCGCAACAGACCAAUACGUCAGACUGUGGUGUUUCCGUUUGUUGCUUGGCAGCACAAUUGAUGCGAAAGCUAGCAAACGUGGCCAACGGAAUGAACAUAACCGCAAAAU